CCUCGGUGAAGAUAUAGCCGACUGGUAUUAAACAAGCGUGGGAUGGGGUCGUUAAUGGGCCGGCUUUACCGGGACAGUGGCGAAAGUACCACCUGCAAUAACGGGCCCAGCUUGAGAUCAGAAUGCCAUCAGGAGCCAUCUGCAUCCACAGACAGAAACAGUGACCAUGAUUGCAAAGGAGACUGUCUCAGGAUACACCAGCUGUUUGUGAAAGACCUACAUGGAAACCACAGGUGCAUGGAUGUCCUGGAGGAAAUGACAGUUGCAGAGCUUACUCUACAGUUGGAGAGGGAGAAGAUCCUACCACCUGGAGGGACAUUGGUUGCAGGAUCCAAGAAGUUGAAGAAAGACCAACUGAUGAAUCAAGUGCCAAACAAUAUUGAAGUGAUGUUAGGUCUGUGUGGAGGGGCUCCAGACAAGGAAGAAAAGUCUUCAAAGAGAAACAGUCUGAAUUCCAGAAUGGGAGUAAAGGUGCAAAGUUGGUUGAAUGUCAAUGUGCAAGAACAAAAGGGAUCCAAGAUAAGGGCAGAGAAGCUCAGGGAGAAGAUCAAAGAAGAAGUUGAUCUUGGACAUGAAUUGUCCAACAGACAUCUUGGAAGGAUUUUAAAAGGAAUGUACAAUGGCAACGUGCGCUUUAACCGUAGUGGCCGUAGUAGCUGUAGGGAGAAGAGAGAUUACUACUACUAUGGGAUAGAACUAAAAGUACAGAUCGUACAACCAGAAAGAGUUGAGAGAGACAAUGAAAUGCAAAACACUCAAGAGAGCAAUAUUGAGCUCAACAAAUCAAACAAAGGAAAUGUAACGUUACCAUCAAACUCUGAAAUAGGAAGCAAAGCUGCUGAUCAAGCCAUUCAAAGGGAGCUAGAUGAAGUGGAAGAAGAAAGAAAAGUUUUGAGAGUUAAACUGCAACAGCAGAACAAGACUGUUGAGGAGUUAAGAAGUAGAGUUGGAGAAUUGGAGUCAAAAGGACAGGAUCUGAAAGACGGGAAUGAGGAUUUGUUAUGCCAAGUAGUGGCCUUAAAUGAAGAGAAGAGUAUACUGUAUGAAGCGCUGUCAAAUCGCACUGCUUCAUCCUUUGUUACCAAACUUGCAGAUAUUCCUCCUCAGUACAAAUAUGACCAUGAUACCCUGGUUAAAGCUUUUUCUUCGGCAGAGUCUAUUGGGCGUGGAGCAUAUGGCAAGGUGUGCAGAGUUAAUUUUCCUGUUGACGGACUAGUUGCAGACAAAUCAUUUGAAAGGAAUGGGAAAUAUGAUGUUGAGGAGACAAAGCGUCAUAUCCUGACAGAAUUCAAUAUGCUGAGGGCAUUGAUAAAUGUUGACGGUGUACAAAAGCUAGUUGGUGUAAUACUCGACCCUCCUCCAUACCAUCUAUUAACCCGAUUCGAAGGCCAAGACGGAAAAAGCACUACAAUUGAGUACAUUAUAAACUGUCACCCAGACCAGUAUGACAAGUGGAGCUGGUACACAAUCAUCAUUAACCUACUAUCUGCUUUGUUCAAGGUGCACAUGAUGGGUAUCAUACACAAUGACUUGAAGCCAAAUAAUGUCAUUGUUGUCUCAAAAAGGAACAUCAAAAUCAUAGAUUUUGGACAAGCGUGUCUGAUAUCAGAAGCAACAACUAAGGCCAAGCCAAUAUCACAUUCCAAAUAUCCCUGGAUUGCACCCGAAGUGUGCAGCGCUGAACAUGCAGUAAGCAUUGCAAGUGACAUGUUUUCAGUAGGAUAUAUAGUUGACAGGAUUUCCAGAAAGUGCAAGUCUGUAGAAUUAGAUAUUUUUGUUCGUAUUGCCAAAGAAUGCAAGAAGGAGAAGACAGAUAGACCGUGUUUACCAGUCGUGAGAAAAACCUUGCAGUAUGUUUUAAAAACAAAGAAAUGAAGUCAUGUUCUGUUUUGUUGCAGUCAUACCAUAACUGCUAAGGUUCUAUUUCCCAACCUUUGUGCAAAGCCUUAAGCUCUUUGAGCUGCAGAGGUAGUCAAUUAUUUUCCAGAAUACAAAAUAAUGUUUACUUUAGCUUAAAACAGAAAGUGAGAGAAAAGUUGAUGGCUUGGUAGACACAUUCUAAAGGAAAUUCCUGCCAGUGCACAUUAUACCCGAGACUGAAAAUCUAUUGUGUAUGCAAUGUUCAGCAUGUAAAUAAAUUUAUGUAAUGUAUUUGUUUAUUGUUGGGAUAAUUCUAUUCCGAAAUAAUGUGGGUUUUAUCAUGUCAACUUGUCUAUUGCAUCAUGGCUUGGUGUAGAGAAGGUGUAAAUGUAACAGCUGGUUGAUACCAAGUUAGUAACGCUAGUUCACCUUUAUCCGUGGGGUAACCGUUGUUUAUAAAAGCAGGGUGUUUGGGGAUAUCAAGUUAACGGACGGGUGUUUUCAAACUGAAAAUUAUAUUUUGAAAAUAUUGCAACUUGAAACCAUCGUCCAUCGACCUGAUAUCCAUUAUAAACAACCUGCUUUUAAAAACAACGGAUAUAGGUUACCCCACAGAUAAAAGUGAACUAGCGUUAAAUAUAUGUUAAUGCAUAAGGUUUGCAUUGUAAUAUUUAACUCUAUGAAUAGUUAUAAGUAUGGCAUAUAAGGUCAUGUGAUUUUGUUAUAGGACAUACCUUUGCAAUGUUGCUUUUCUACCUUUACCAAAGAGAUGCUUAGAUGCUUGAAGUGAUGACGACCCUCUACUUUCUUUGCAAGUGUUACAUGCCUCAUUAUACUUCCUUGUCAACUUUUGUUAAUGUCUGAUUGAAAGCUGUUAAAUUUUAUACAUUCUGAUAUAUUGUAUCGAUGUUAUGGCAUUUGAGAAAUUUUAUGUACCUUUUUCAUGAGUUAAGCAUAUUGAUGUUUUAGUCGACAGUAUUAUAAGCAACUCAUACAUUGUUUAUAUUGUGUUUAUAUUUGCAGUGUUGAUUUGUAAAGUGUUUUUUGUACAGUGUUUGAGUUAACAAUGUAAAUAUGUCACCUAUUUCUUUGUAUGCACAUCAAAAACUUGACCAUUGUAAGUUCAUGUGUUUUCUUUGAUUAAAAGAUUAAUCACACCUACUUUCAAAAUAUCUCUAUUAUUUCAUCCUCAGCAUGGCUAAGGACAACACAUCAAGCCAUUUAUUAACAUGAGACAGCAGAUACCUUUUUGAGGGAAAGGUCAUAGUUGGAUAAAAUGCUAGUUGGAUAAUUUGAAUGAAUUAAUGAAGAGAUCUUUAACAAGGGUGUGCCCCUGCUUUAGGAUUUAAACAUGCAGCCCCUCUCACGGUCUUAGGGUGAAUCCUUGUUAAUAAAAUUAGUGUUCCCUGUUUAAGGCUUUAUACCAGGGUCCAUCAUGACAAUGUAAUACAUGUACCCCUGUAUAACGCCUUAUAUCAGGGUCCAU